AUGGGCCCACGGAGGCCUGCACUGCGGCCGCCGCUGCUGCUCCUGUUCCUGCUACUCUUCCUGGACACCAGCGUCUGGGCUGAAGAUGAAGUCUUGGAAAACUUCAGCCUGAGCUGUCCAAAAGAUGCAACUCGGUUCAAGCACCUGCGAAAGUACGUGUAUAACUAUGAGGCCGAGAGUUCCAGCGGCGUCCGGGGCACGGCUGAUUCCAGAAGCGCUACCAAAAUCAACUGCAAGGUGGAGCUAGAGGUCCCACAACUCUGCCGUUUUGUCAUGAGGGCUAGCCAGUGUACCCUGAAAGAGGUCUAUGGCUUCAACCCUGAGGGCAAGGCCUUGAUGAAGAAAACCAAGAACUCGGAUGAGUUUGCAACUGCCAUGUCCAAGUUCGAGCUCAAGCUGGCCAUUUCUAAAGGGAAACAAGUUGUCCUUUAUCCUGACAAGGAUGAGCCUAAACACAUCCUGAACAUCAAGAGGGGCAUCAUUUCGGCCCUCCUAGUUCCUCCUGAGACAGAAGAGGACAAACAAGUGUUGUUCCUGGAUACUGUGUAUGGAAACUGCUCAACCCAGGUUACCGUGAGCUCAAGAAAGGGAACCGUGGCAACAGAAAUGUCCACAGACAGAAACCUGCAGCAGUGUGAUGGGUUCCAGCCCAUCAGCACGGCCGUCAGCCCUCUUGCCCUCAUCAAAGGCCUGGUCCACCCCUUGGCAACUCUGGUCAACAGCAGCCAAUCUUGCCAGUACACCCUGGACCCCAAGAGGAAGGAUGUGUCUCAAGUCAUUUGCAAUGAGCAACACCUUUUCCUUCCUUUCUCCUACAAGAAUAAAUAUGGGAUCAUGACACAUGUUACACAGACACUGAGUCUUGAAGACACACCUAACAUCAACAGUCGCUUCUUCAAUGAAGGUACCAAGCAGGUGGGUCUGGCCUUUGAGAGCACCAAGUCCACAUCACUCCCACAGCAAGCUGAGGCUGUUUUGAAUACCCUUCGAGAACUGGAAAGGCUGUCUGUCUCGGAGCAGAAUGCUCAGAGAGCAAAUCUCUUCAAUAAACUGGUGACUGAGCUGAGAGGCCUCGGCGAUGAAGCAAUCACAUCCCUCUUACCACAGCUGACUGGAGUGUCCAGCCCCAUCACUCUACAAGCCCUGGUUCAGUGUGGACAACCUCAGUGCUACACUCACAUCCUCCAGUGGCUGAAAACUGAGAAGGCUCACCCUCUCCUGGUUGACAUCGUUACCUACCUUUUGGCUCUGAUGCCAAAUCCUCCCAUACAGAGGCUGCGGGAGAUCUUUAACACUGCCAAGGAGCAGCAGAGCCGAGCCACCCUGUAUGCAUUGAGCCACGUGGUUAACAACUAUUACACUGUGGACCAUUCAAGUAGAGCUGAUCUGCAAGAUAUUGCCAAUUACCUGUUGAAAAAGAUUGACAACGAGUGCAUGUGGGAUGAAGACCACACCUACUUGAUUCUGAGGGUCAUUGGAAAUAUAGGCAGAACCAUGGAAAAGGUCAUGCCAGCACUCAAGUCCUCAGUCCUGAAUUGUGUGAGAAGUAAAAAAACAUCGCCACUGAUUCAGAAAGCUGCUAUCCAGGCUUUGAGGAAGAUGGAACUGGGAGAUGAGGCCCAAAGGAUCCUUUUUGAUACAUUUGUGGAUAGUGCCAUUCCUGUGGAGAACAGACUGGCUGCCUAUCUUUUGCUGAUGAAGGACCCUUCCUCAUCAGAUAUUAGCAGAAUUAUCCAACUUCUCCAAUGGGAACAGAGUGAGCAGGUGAAGAACUUUGUGGCAUCUCACAUUGCCAACAUCUUGAACUCAGAAGAACUGUAUGUCCAAGAUCUGAAGAAUUUGAUCAAAAAUGCUCUGGAGCACUCUCAACUUCCAACAAUCAUGGACUUCAGAAAAUUUUCCCGGAACUAUCAAAUUUCCAAAUCUGUUUCUCUCCCAUCAUUUGACCCAGUCUCAGCCAAAAUGGAAGGGAAUCUUAUAUUUGAUCCAAGCAGUUAUCUUCCCAAAGAAAGCAUGCUGAAAACAACCCUCACGAUCUUUGGACUUACUUCGAUUGAUCUCUUUGAGAUUGGUUUAGAAGGAAAGGGCUUUGAGCCGACACUGGAAGCUCUUUUUGGUAAGCAAGGAUUCUUCCCAGACAGUGUCAACAAGGCUUUGUAUUGGGUCAAUGGACAAGUUCCUGAUCGUGUCUCCAAGGUCUUAGUGGACCACUUUGGCUAUACCAAAGAUGACAAGUAUGAACAGGACAUGGUGAACGGAAUCAUGCCCAUGGUGGACAAGUUGAUCAAAGAUUUGAAAUCUAAGGAAAUCCCUGAAGCCAGAGCUUACCUCCGCAUCUUAGAAGAAGAACUUGGCUUUGUCAAGCUCCAAGACCUCCAAGUCCUGGCAAGGCUCUUUCUGAAUGGUGCACAAGCAUUGCGGGGAAUUCCCCAGAUGAUUGCACAGGCCAUCAGGGAUGGGUCAAAGAAUGACUUGUUUCUUCACUACAUCUUCAUGGACAAUGCCUUUGAGCUCCCAACUGGAGCGGGGUUACAGCUGCAAGUGUCCUCCUCUGGAGUCAUCACCCCCGGGACCAAGGCUGGAGUGAGAAUGGAAUUAGCCAACAUUCAGGCAGAGCUAGUGGCAAAGCCUUCUGUGUCCGUGGAGUUUGUGACAAAUAUGGGCAUCAUCAUCCCAGACUUUGCUAAGAGUGGCGUCCAGAUGAACACCAACUUCUUCCAUGAGUCAGGCCUGGAGGCUCGAGUGGCCCUGAAGGCCAGACAGCUGAAGGUCAUCAUUCCUGCUCCAAAGAGGCCAAUCAAGCUGUUCAGUGGCAGCAACACACUACACUUGGUCUCCACCACCAAAACAGAGAUGAUCCCUCCCCUGGUUGAGAACAGGCAGUCCUGGUCAACUUGCAAACCUUUCUUCACUGGCAUGAACUACUGUACCACAGGGGCUUACUCCAAUGCCAGCUCCACAGAGUCUGCUUCCUACUACCCCCUGACAGGGGACACAAGGUAUGAGCUGGAGCUGAAGCCCACGGGAGAGGUGGAGCAGUAUUCGGCCAGUGCAACCUAUGAAUUCCAAAAAGAGGACAAGGUGGACACACUGAAGUUCCUAGUUCAAGCAGAAGGAGUACAGCAGACCGAGGCUACGGCAGUCUUCAAGUACAAUCGGCGAAGCAGGACUUUAUCCAGCGAAGUCCUAAUCCCAGGGUUUGAUGUUGACUUUGGGACAAUCCUCAGAGUUAAUGAUGAAUCCGCUAAGGACAAAAACGCUUACAAACUCAUCCUGGACAUUCAGAACAAAAAGAUCACUGAGGUCUCUCUUGUGGGCCAUGUGAGUUAUGACAAAAGGGUAGAUGGCAAGAUCAAAGGUGUCAUUUCCAUACCACGUUUGCAAGCAGAAGCCAGGAGUGAGAUCCACACCCACUGGUCCCCCACCAAACUGCUCUUCCAAAUGGACUCCUCUGCUACAGCGUAUGGCUCAACAAUCUCCAAGAGAGUGGCAUGGCGUUAUGACAAUGAGAAAAUCGAAUUUGACUGGAACGCGGGAACCAACGUGGAUACCAAAAAAGUAGCCUCCAAUUUCCCUGUGGAUCUUUCCAGUUAUCCUAGAACCUUGCAUGAGUAUGCCAACGGUCUCCUGGAUCACAGAGUCCCUCAAACAGACAUGACUUUCCGGCACAUGGGUUCCAAAUUCAUUGUUGCAACAAACACAUGGCUUCAGAUGGCAUCCAGGGGUCUUCCUUACUCCCAGAUGUUACAGGAUCACCUCAAUGGCCUCUCGGAGUUGAACCCCCAGAAAAUGGGAUUGCCUGACUUCCACAUCCCAGACAACCUCUUUCUAAAGAGCGAUGGCCGGGUCAAAUAUACAUUGAACAAGAACAGCAUAAAACUGGACAUUCCUUUGCCGUUGGGUGGCAAGUCUUCAAAAGAUCUAAGGAUGCCAGAGAGUGUGAGAACACCAGCCCUCAACUUCAAGUCUGUGGGAUUCCAUCUGCCAUCUCAAACGUUCCAGGUCCCCGCUUUUACAAUCCCCAAGACACGUCAACUGCAAGUGCCUCUCUUGGGUGUUCUAGACCUUUCCACAAAUGUCUACAGCAACUUGUACAACUGGUCAGCCUCCUAUACUGGUGGCAACACCAGCAAAGACCACUUCAGCCUUCGGGCUCAGUACCGCAUGAAGGCUGAUUCUGCGGUUGACCUGUUUUCCUACAGCGUGCAAGGAUCUGGAGAAACAACAUAUGACAGCCAGAGUACGUUCACAUUGUCGUGUGAUGGGUCUCUACAUCACAAAUUUCUAGAUUCAAAAUUCAAAGUCAGUCAUGUAGAAAAAUUUGGAAACACCCCAGUCUCAAAAGGUUUGCUAACAUUUGAAGCAUCUAGUGCCUUGGGACCACAGAUGUCUGCUACUGUUCACCUGGACUCAAAAAAGAAGCAGCAUUUGUACGUCAAAGAAAUCAAGGUUGAUGGACAGUUCAGAGCAUCCUCAUUUUAUGCUCAAGGCAGAUAUGGCCUGUCUUGUGAGAGAGAUCCUACCACCGGCCAGCUGAGUGGGGAAUCCAACAUGAGGUUUAACUCCACCUACCUCCAGGGCACCAACCAGAUAGUGGGAGUGUACCAGGAUGGAACCUUCUCCCUCACCUCUACCUCCGAUCUGCAAGAUGGCAUAUUCAAGAACACCGCUUCCCUGAAAUAUGAAAACUAUGAGCUGACCCUGAAAUCUGACAGCAGUGGACAGUAUGAGAACUUCGCUGCUUCUAACAAGCUGGACAUGACAUUCUCUAAGCAAAGUGCAUCACUACGUUCUGAACAUCAGGCCAAUUACAAGUCCCUGAGGCUUGUCACCCUCCUUUCUGGAUCAGUCACUUCCCAGGGUAUGGAAUUAAAUGCUGACAUCUUGGGCACUGACCAAAUUAAUACCGGCGCUCACAAGGCAACACUAAAGAUUGCCCGGGAUGGACUGUCCACCAGUGCAACCAGCAACUUGAAGUACAGCCCCCUGCUGCUGGAGAAUGAGUUGAAUGCAGAGCUGGGUCUCUCUGGGGCAUCCAUGAAAUUAUCAGCAAACGGCCGCUUCAAGGAACACCACGCAAAAUUCAGUCUGGAUGGGAAGGCUGCCCUCACGGAGUUAUCGUUGGGAAGCAUUUACCAGGCCAUGAUUCUGGGUGCAGACAGCAAAAACAUCUUCAACUUCAAACUCACCCGAGAAGGCCUGAGGCUGUCCAAUGACAUGAUGGGUUCUUAUGCUGAAAUGAAACUCGAACAUGCACACAGUCUAAGCAUUGCAGGUCUCUCACUGGACGUCUCCUCAAAAAUGGACAACAUCUACAGUGCAGACAAGUUUUAUAAGCAGAAUUUUAACUUGCAGCUGCAGCCCUACUCUUUCGUAACUGCUGUAAGCAGUGACUUGAGAUACAACGCUCUAGAUGUGGCCAACAGUGGGAGGUUACGGCUGGAACCACUGACGCUCAAUGUGGGUGGCAACUUUAAAGGAACCUAUCAAAAUCAUGAGCUAAAACACAUCUAUACCAUCUCUUAUGCCGACCUAAUAGUAGCAAGUUACAGAGCGGACACUGUCGCCAAGGUUCAGGGCGUGGAAUUCAGCCAUCGGCUUAACGCAGACAUCAAUGGGCUGGCUUCCUCGGUGGAUGUCACCACCAACUAUAAUUCAGAUCCACUGCACUUUAACAAUGUUUUCCACUUGGUUUUGGCACCAUUCCACUUGGGCAUCGAUGCACACACGAGUGGAGAUGGGAAACUGGCUCUCUGGGGAGAACACACCGGACAGCUGUAUAAUAAGUUCGUGCUGAAAGCAGAACCUGUGGCACUCACUUUCUCUCAUGACUUCAAAGGAUCCACAAACCACGAUCUUGUGUACAAAAGCAGUAUCAGUACCGGUCUUGAACAUACAGUCAGUGCCCUGCUCACACCUGCGGAGCAGACAAGCAGCUGGAAAUUCAAGACCAGACUGAAUGACAAGGUAUACAGCCAGGACUUUGAAGCCUACAACACAAAAGACAAAAUCGGUGUCGAGCUUAGUGGACGGGCUGACCUCUCUGGGCUGUACUCACCAAUUAAAGUGCCGUUUUUCCACAGCGAGCCUGACAAUGUCCUUAAUGACUUAGAGAUAAAUGAUGCUGUGGACAAGCCCCAAGAAUUCACAAUUGUUGCUUUUGUGAAGUAUGAUAAGAACCAGGAUGUUCACACCAUCAGCCUCCCGUUCUUUAAAAGCCUGCCAGAGUAUUUGGAGAGAAAUCGAAGAGGAAUUAUAACUCUACUGGAAGCCAUGCAGGGAGAAUUGCAACGCAUCAAUAUUGAUGAGUUUGUGAGGAAGUACAAAGCAGCCCUGAGCAGACUUCCAUGGCAAAUCCAUGAUUAUCUGAAUGCAUCUGACUGGGAGAGACAAGUAACCAAUGCCAAGGAAAAAAUAACUGCUUUUAUGGAAAAUUAUAAAAUUACAGACAAGGAUGUACUAAUUGCAUUAGAUAGUGCCAAAAUCAACUUCAAUGAAAAACUUUCUCAACUUGAGACAUACGUGAUACAAUUUGAUCAGUAUAUUAGAGAUAAUUAUGAUCCACAGGAUUUUAAAAAAGCUGUUGCUCAGAUCAUUGAUCGAAUCAUUGAAACGUUAAAAAUUCUUGAUGAACAGUAUCAUAUCCGUGUAAAUCUAGAAAAAUCAAUCCAUAACCUGUAUUUAUUUGUUGAAAAUGUUGAUCUUAACAAAAUUGGCAGCAGUGCAGCCUCUUGGGUCCAAAAUGUGGAUACUAAAUAUCACAUCAGAAUCCAGAUCCAGGAGAAACUGCAGCAGCUCAGGACACAGAUUCAGACUAUAGACAUUCAACAGCUGGCUGCAGACUUGAAACAACAGGUUGAAGCCAUUGAUGUCACCAAGCAUUUAGAUCAAUUGAGAACUGCAAUUCUAUUCCAAAGAAUAAAUGACAUUAUUGAGCGUGUCGAAUACUUUGUUAGGAAUCUUAUUGAGGAUUUUAAAGUAACUGAGAAAAUCAAUACUUUUAGAGCUAUAGUCCAUGAGUUAAUUGAGAAAUAUGAAGUAGACCAGCAACUCCGGGUUUUAAUGGAUAAAUCAGUAGCAUUGGCCCACAGAUACAGCCUGAGUGAGGCUCUUCAGAAACUAAGCAAUGUGCUACAACAAAUUGAGAUAAGAGAUUACUAUGAGAAAUUUGUUGGGUUUAUUGAUGAUGCUGUCAAGUGGCUGAAAGCAUUGUCCUUCAAAAAUGUCAUCCAAGAACUAAAUAGAUAUCUUGACAUGUUGGUGAAGAUGUUAAAAGCAUUUGACUAUCACCAGUUCAUAGACGAAACCAACAGCAAAAUACGUGAGGUGACUCGGAGAAUCAAUGCUGAAAUCCAAGCUCUUGAACUUCCACAGAAAACUGAAGCAUUGAAACUGCUGGCAGGAGACUUCAAAGCCACGGUCUCCACCUACCUGGAAAGACUCAAGGACACCAAAGUAACCGUGUUUGUUGAUUGGCUGCAGGAUGCUUUGGUUCACAUAAAAGCCCAUUUCCAAGACACUCUAGAAGAUGUGCGAGACCGACUUUAUCAAAUGGACAUUCAGUGGGAACUCGAACACUUCUUAUCCCUGGUAAGCCAAGUGUACAAUACACUGAUCACCUAUAUUUCUGACUGGUGGAUUCUAACUGCUAAGAACAUUACAGAUUUUGCAGAGCAAUACUCUAUCCAAAACUGGGCUGAGAGUGUGAAAAGGCUGGUGGAACAAGGGUUCACUGUCCCCGAAAUCCGAACAUUUCUGGGGACCAUGCCUGCCUUUGAGGUCAGUCUCCGUGCUCUCCAAGAAGCUAACUUUCAGACUCCUGACUUCAUAGUCCCCCUGACAGAUUUGAGGAUCCCAUCAAUUCAGAUAAACUUCAAAACGUUGAAGAAUGUAAAGGUCCCAUCAAGAUUUUCUACCCCAGAAUUCACUCUCCUCAAUACCUUUCAUAUCCCCUCCUUUACAAUAGACUUGCUGGAAAUAAAAGCAAAGAUUAUCAGAACUAUUGACCAAAUGCUGAGCAGUGAGCUACAGUGGCCUCUUCCAGAAGUGUACCUGAGAGAUCUGGAGAUGGUGAACAUCCCUCUUACAAGACUCACUCUGCCAGACUUCCAUGUACCAGAAAUCACAGUUCCAGGAUUCACAAUCCCAAAUGUCAAUUUCAAAGAUUUUCAAGUUCCUGAUCUUCACAUACCAGAAUUCCAGCUCCCUCGCCUCUCACACACAAUUGAAAUACCUGCUUUUGGCAAACUUCAUGGCAUCCUGAAGAUCCAGUCUCCCCUCUUUACAUUAGAUGCCAAUGCCAACAUACAGAAUGUAACUACUUCACAGAACAGAGCAGAGAUUGUGGCUUCUGUCGCUGCUAUGGGAGAGUCCAAAUUUGAAGCUCUCAAUUUUGAUUUUGAAGCACAAGCUCAGUUCUUGGAGAUAAACCCUAAUCCUAACCCUCUGGUCCUAAAGGAAUCUAUGAACUUCUCCAGUAAGCAUGUGAGGAUGGAGCAUGAGGGUGAGAUAUUAUUUUCUGGAAAGGCCAUUGAGGGAAAAUCAGACACUGUUGCCAGUUUAUACACAGAGAAAAAUACAGUGGAGUUUAAUAACAGUAUGAUUGUCAAGAUAAACAAUCAGCUCACCCUUGACAGUCACACAAAGUACUUUCACAAGUUGAGUAUCCCCAGGCUGGACUUCUCCAGUAAGGCUUCCUUUAACAAUGAAAUCAAGACACUAUUGGGAGCUGGACAUGUGGCAUGGACUUCUUCAGGGACAGGGUCAUGGAAUUGGGCCUGUCCCAACUUCUCAGAUGAGGGCAUACAUUCAUCCAAAAUUAGCUUCACUGUAGAAGGACCCAUUGCUUCUUUUGGACUGUCUAAUAACAUAAAUGGCAAGCACCUGAGGGUCAUCCAAAAACUGGCAUAUGAAUCUGGCUUCCUCAACUAUUCUAAGUUUUCAGUUGAGUCGAAAGUUGAAUCUCAGCACGUGGGCUCCAGCAUUCUAACUGGCAAGGGAACAGUACUGCUCAGAGACGCAAAGGCAGAAAUGACUGGGGAGCACAAUGCUGACUUACAUGGAAAAGUUAUUGGGACUUUGAAAAAUUCUCUUUUCUUUUCGGCACACCCGUUUACAAUUACUGCAUCCACAAAUAAUGAAGGGAAUUUGAAAGUUAGUUUUCCACUAAAGUUGACUGGGAAAAUAGACUUCCUGAAUAACUAUGCACUAUUUCUGAGCCCUCAUGCCCAGCAAGCAAGCUGGCAAGCGGGUGCUAGAUUCAAUCAGUACAAAUACAAUCAAAAUUUUUCUGCUAUUAACAAUGAACACAACAUGGAAGCCCGUGUAGGGAUGAAUGGAGAUGCCAACUUGGAUUUCUUAACUAUACCUUUAACAAUUCCUGAAAUUACUCUACCUUAUAUAGGGCUCACAACUCCCUUACUGAAGGAUUUCUCCAUAUGGGAAGAAACAGGCUUGAAAGAAUUUUUGAAGACAACAAAGCAAUCAUUUGAUUUAAGUGUAAAGGCUCAAUAUAAAAAGAACAGAGACAGGCAUGCCUUUAUGAUUCCUCUGAGCACUUUUUAUGAGUUUAUUCUCAACAAAGUCAACUCCUGGGACAGGAAAUUUGAGAAAGUCAGAGACAGUGCAUUAGAUUUUCUUACCACAUCCUAUAAUGAAGCAAAAAUUAAAUUUGAUGAGUACAAAACAGAAAAUUCCCUCGUUCAGCCCCCCAGGACCUUCCAAAGUCAUGGGUACACUAUCCCAUUUGUCAACAUUGAAGUGUCUCCAUUUGCUGUAGAGACAAUGGCCUCCAGCCAUGUGAUACCCAAAGCAAUAAGCACCCCAAGUGUCACAAUUCCAGGACCUAAUGUCAUCGUGCCUUCAUACAGGUUAGUGCUGCCAUCCCUGGAGCUGCCGGUACUUCAUGUCCCUAGGAAUCUACUCAAGUUUUCCCUCCCAGAUUUCAAGGAAUUGAGCCCUAUUGACAAUAUUUAUAUUCCAGCCCUGGGCAAUUUUACCUAUGACUUUUCUUUCAAAUCAAGUGUCAUCACGCUGAAUGCCAAUGCUGGACUUUAUAACCAGUCAGACAUUGUUGCUCGUUUCCUCUCUUCCUCUUCGUUUGUCACGGAUGCCCUGCAGUACAAAUUGGAGGGCACUUCACGUCUGACGCAGAAAAGAGGACUGGCCAUAGCUGUCUCUCUCGCUAACAAAUAUGUAAAAGGCAAUCACGACAGCACCCUUAGCUUAACCAAGAAAAACAUAGAAGCAUCCGUGAAAACAACCGCAAGCCUCCAUGUUCCCAUUUUAACAAUGAACUUCAAGCAGGAACUUAACGGCAAUGCCAAGUCAAAGCCUACUCUCUCAUCAUCCAUUGAACUAAACUACGACUUCAACUCCUCAAAGCUGCACUCCGCUGCUAAGGGGGGUAUCGACCACAAGUUCAGCUUGGAAAGUCUCACUUCCUACUUUUCCAUUGAGUCAUCCACCAAAGGAAAUAUCAAAGGUUCUGUCCUUUCGCAGGAAUAUUCAGGAAGUGUUGCCAGCGAGGCCAACACAUACCUGAAUUCCAAGGGUACUCGGUCUUCAGUAAGGCUACAAGGAGCUUCUGUAGUUGAUGGUAUCUGGAACAUUGAAGUAGGAGAAAAUCUUGCUGGGGAAGCCACUCUCCGACGCAUCUACACCACAUGGGAACACAGUGUUAAAAACCACUUGCAGGUAGACAGCUUCUUUGUCACAAAAGGAAAGCAAACGUGCAGAGCCACCCUGGAGCUCUCCCCAUGGACAAUGUCAACCCUUCUACAGGUUCAUGUGAGUCAACCCAGUUCCUUUCUUGAUCUCCAUCACUUUGACCAGGAAGUGACCCUGAAAGCCAAUACUAAGAACCAGAAAGUCAUCUGGAAAAGUGAAGCCCAGAUUCAUUCACAGGUCCUUCAGCACAAUGUGCAGUUCUCCAAUGACCAACAAGAGGUACGCCUUGAUAUUGCAGGAUCCACAGAAGGACAAACCAUCUUUCUACCAGUAUAUGGCAAGAGCUUGCAGGAACUCCUACAAAUGGAUGGAAAGAGACCGUAUCUUCAGGCUUCAACAUCCCUUGUGUAUACCAAAAACCCCAAUGGCUAUCUCUUCUCACUCCCUGUGCAAGAACUGGCUGAUAGAUUUAUUAUACCAGGGCUGAAAUUAAAUGACUUCAGUGGAAUAAAAAUCUAUAAGAAAUUAAGUACCUCACCAUUUACCCUCAACCUAACAAUGCUCCCCAAGGUAAAUUUCCCUGGGAUUGAUGUGUUAACACAAUACUCUAAACCGGAGGAGGACUCCUCUGUUCCUGCUUUUGAGGUAACUAUACCUGAAGCUCAGUUCCUUGUGUCCCAGUUCACACUUCCAAAGAGCUUUCCAGUUGGCAAUGCUGGCUUGCGUCUGAAUGAGAUAGCCAACAUGAUUGCAGGUGUGGAUCUGCCUAGCAUCACCCUGCCUGAGCAAACCGUUGAGAUCCCAUCCGUCAAGUUCUCUGUACCUGCAGGAAUUUUUAUUCCUUUCUUUGGAGCACUGACUGCACAUGUUGGGGUGGCCUCUCCUGUGUACAAUGUCACUUGGAGUGCUGGUUUGAAAAACAAAGCAGAUCAUGUUGAAACCUCCCUGGAUUCCACGUGCAGUUCAAUCUGGCAGUUUCUCGAGUAUGAGCUAAAAGUUGUGGGAACACACAAAAUUGAAGAUCAUAUGUUCAUCUGUAAGAACAAAGGAACACUUCAACACCGUGACUUCAAUGUGGAGUACAAGGAUGACGGUGUAUAUAAAGGACUUUGGGUCUGGCAGGGAGAAGCUCACCUUGACAUCACCAGUCCAGUAUUGACUGAGCUCCAUCUGCACUACAAAGAAGAUGAGAAAAGUCUGUCUGCCUCAGCAGCCUCCCCAGCCAUAGGCACUGUGGGUCUGGAGUCAAGCAGAGAUGACCAGAGUGUGGAGCUGAAUGUCUACUUCCUCCCUCAGUCCCCUCGAGACAGAAAACUCAGCCUAUUCAAAACUGAGUGGAGGUUCAAGAAGUCUGAGGAUGGAAAGCACAUCAAAAUUAACUGGGAAGAAGAGGCAGCUUCCAGAUUGCUGGGCUCCCUAAAAAGCAAUGUGCCCAAGGCUACAGAGGCUAUCUAUGAUUAUGUCAAUAAGUACUACCUGGGAAAUGCUUCUUCAGAGCUAAGGAGGAGUCUGCAGAACAAUGCUGAAAGUGCUAGAAAGAAGAUUUAUAAAAUGAACAUGGAUUUCCAGAAGGCAGCCCAUGAUGCCUUCCAGGAGUGGAAAGGCAAGACCCAGCAUCUGUAUGAGGAAAUGUUGGCUCAAGAGGGCCAAAGCAUCCCUGAGAGACUCCAGGACAUGGUGGUAGGCAGCCUGGUAUAUAUUACUCACAAGUACCACAUGACAGUCACAUUUCUCACCGACUCAUUCAUUCAUUUCCUGAAAAACAAUACAUUCCAGCUCCCAGGUAAUGGCGGAAUAUAUACUAUCGAUGAACUCUGCACGAUGGUUAUGAGGGAAACGUUGAAGUCACUGUCUCAGCUAUAUUCGAGUAUCUAUGGCAGUUUAGAAAAACUGCUUUCCUAUGUCCAAGACCUAGUUGAGAAAUUGGGCUUAAUCAAUGACCUAGAAUUUAAAUUUCCUUUUAUUUCAAAAGCCAGGAAUCUACCAGAUGUGAUUCUGGAGUACAGGAAGCUCUUAGACAUUUUAUCAGAUUUAAUCCAAGAGUACUCUAAAGCCCUCCAGAAUACUAACUUCACAGAAAUACUAAGUGAUCUUCAGAUCAUUUUGGAGAGAACUUUAGAUAUCACAGAAGAAAAAAUUCAAUGCCUAAACAACAAAGGGUCUGCUUGCUUCACUGAUUAUAUCAAUACGAUCUUCAAAAUACAUAUCCCAAAUGCUUUCAAAUUCCUAAGAGAAGACCUAUAUCCUAUCUUCAGUGAUUUCAAUGACUCUGUUCAAAGCAUACUUCAGGAGGGGUCUUACAAACUACAGCAGGUCCAUCAGUACAUAAAGGCUCUUCGUGAAGAGUAUUUUGAUCCAAGCAUAGUUGGCUGGACAGUAAAAUAUUAUGAAGUAGAAGAAAAGGUGGUUGACCUAAUCAAGUCCCUCUUAGUUAUCCUGAGGGAUUUCUACUCUGAACACAGUGCCAGGGCUGUUGAUUUUUCUUCUAAAAUCACUAAUCAAGUUGAGCAAUUCAUGACCAGGGAUAUCCAAGAAUGUCUUAGCAUCUUUGCUGAUAUAAAUGGAAAGGGGAAGGAGAAGAUUGCAGAGCUUUCUAUUAUGGCAAAGGAAACAAUUAAAAGCUGGCUCACUGCAAUGAAGGGAACCAUUUCUGAGUACCACCAGCAGCUCAGUUCCAAACUGCAGGAUUUUUCUGACCAAUUCUCUGAUUACUAUGAAAAAUUCAUUGCCGAGUCCACAAGAUUGAUUGAUCUGUCCAUUCAAAGCUACCACGAGUUUCUAAGAUACAUCACCGAGUUGCUGAAAGAGCUGCAGGUGGCCACAGCCAAUAAUGUGAGCCCCUACAUUAAGCUUGCCCCAGGAGAACUGAUUAUCACUUUCUGAUUCAUUUAUUCAUCUAUUCCAAUUAAACUUUCACAUAGUAGGAGACUUGACAUACUACUAUAAAAACCAUCCAACUGAGCCAGCCCUGCAGCCGACAGUAAGAGGCACGUGUGAACUAGGCCUACAACCAAGCUGGCAUAAGAACCAAGAACUCAGGAAGACACAUUUUUUACAAGUUAGAGAAAAAUCAAGAUCUGAGUUAUUUUGUUAAA